UGCCGGGGGAACCCAGCUCUUCCUGCACGAACCUGAAACCUCUGCUGUACGAGCGCCUCUUUCAGCACUGCACCACUGCACCCGUCGACCAAUCCGGGGUGUCUCUCAUUCAGCCGGAGGCCCCCCAGCUGACGGUUGGUGCCUGGGCGUCCAGGCGGAGCAGGGACGAGGGCCUGGAUUCUCUUCAUCUGCGGCCGAAGCAAAGGGAAGACUGACUUUUGUGGCAUUUUCCCGCUUCUCUUUCAUUCACUGGGCCUUUAUGUGUGAGGGGGACUCGAGGAAUCUCAUUUCUGUUUGAGGUGUGGGACAUGGACGAUCUGAGCUGAAGAUGGGAUCCAUAGUGUCGUAUUUUUCCCAGCUGUGUGGAAAACAGACAAAUCGAGAGGAGGAGAGACACCUGCGAGCUAACGACAGACCCUUCAACCUCUCGUACCACUAUGCCAACAACGCCAUCACGACCUCCAAGUACAACAUCUUCACCUUCCUGCCGCUCAACCUCUUCGAGCAGUUCGGGAGACUCGCCAACACCUACUUCCUCUUCCUCCUUUUACUUCAGCUAAUCCCACAAAUCUCCUCUCUCUCCUGGUUCACCACGGCCGUCCCUCUGAUUCUCGUGCUGUCUAUGACAGCCGUGAAGGACGCCAGCGAUGACAUAAACAGACACAAAAGCGACAAUCAGGUGAACAACCGCCGAGUGGACGUCCUCAUCGAUGGAGAACUGAGAAGUGAAAAGUGGAUGAAUGUCCAGGUUGGGGACAUCAUCAAACUGGAGAAUAAUCAGUUUGUUACCGCCGACCUCCUGCUGCUGUCCAGCAGUGAGCCUCUCAACCUGGUGUAUGUAGAAACUGCUGAGUUAGACGGUGAAACCAAUCUGAAGGUGAAACAGGCCCUGACUGUAACUGGAGAGCUGGGGGACAGCGUGGACGCACUGGCUGGUUUCAACGGUGAAGUGCGCUGUGAGCCUCCCAACAACCGUCUGGACAAAUUCAAAGGCACCAUGACUCUGAGCGGACAGGCCUACUCCCUGGACAACGACAAGGUGCUGCUGCGAGGAUGCACCCUGAGGAACACGGAGUGGUGCUUCGGCCUGGUCAUCUUCGGAGGUCCCGACACCAAGCUGAUGCAGAACAGUGGAAAGACAACGUUCAAACGGACGAGCAUCGACCACCUGAUGAAUGUCCUGGUGUUGUCUAUCUUCGGUUUCCUGGCGUCCAUGUGCACCGUCAUGGCCAUCGGCAAUGCGAUCUGGGAGACGCAUGAGGGCUUCGUGUUCACGACCUUCCUCCCCCGGGAACAAGGUAUUGAUGCCGCCCUCUCCUCCUUCCUGUCCUUCUGGUCCUACGUCAUCGUCCUCAACACGGUGGUGCCCAUCUCUCUCUACGUCAGCGUGGAGAUCAUCCGCCUGGGGAACAGCUUCUACAUCGACUGGGACAGGAAGAUGUACUACCCCAAGAGCGACACCCCCGCCCAGGCGAGGACCACCACGCUCAACGAGGAGCUCGGGCAGAUCAAGUACAUCUUCAGCGACAAGACGGGGACCCUGACGCAGAACAUCAUGACUUUCAACAAGUGCUCCAUCAACGGGAGAUGUUUUGGGAAGCUUCUUGACUUUGCCGGACGACAAGUGGAAAUCACAGAGAAGACGGAGACGGUGGACUUCUCCUGGAACCAGCUAGCGGAUCCGAAGUUCGUCUUCUACGACCACAGUCUGGGGGAGAUGGUGAAGGAGGGAAACCCUGAGGCUAAGGCCUUCUUCCGCCUGCUGGCUUUGUGCCACACCGUCAUGCCUGAGGAGAAGAAAGAGGGAGAGCUCUACUAUCAGGCGCAGUCUCCCGACGAGGGCGCUCUGGUGACGGCGGCGAGAAACUUUGGCUUCGUGUUCCGCUCACGUACGCCAGAGAGCAUCACGGUCUUCGAGAUGGGCAGAAAAGUCAUCUACGAACUUCUGGCCGUCCUUGACUUCAAUAACGUGCGCAAGAGGAUGUCGGUCAUAGUGCGUAGCCCCGAGGGGAAGUUGACUCUGUUCUGCAAAGGAGCGGACACCAUCAUCUUUGAAAGACUCCACCCGUCCUGCAAGAAACUGAUGGAUGUCACCAACAGUCACCUGAACGAAUACGCAGGCGAAGGUCUCCGCACGCUGGCUCUCGCCUACAAGGAAAUAGAUAAGAGCUACAUGGAAAACUGGAGAGAGCGCCACCAUGAGGCCAGCACCGCCAUGGACGGACGGGAGGAGCGGCUGGAUGAACUUUACGAGGAAAUGGAGAAAGAUCUUCUGCUGCUGGGAGCGACCGCUGUGGAGGACAAGCUGCAGGACGGAGUUCCACAGACAAUAGAGCAACUGGCUAAAGCUGACAUCAAGAUUUGGGUGUUGACCGGAGAUAAACAAGAGACGGCGGAGAACAUCGGCUACUCCUGCAACAUGCUGAGAGAGGAUAUGAAGGAGAUUUUCAUCGUGGCAGCGAACACGCCUGAAGGAGUCAGAGAGGAGCUGCAGAAUGCGAGAAGGAAAAUGUGUCCAGAGGCCGAGGAGGAGCCGAGCGUGGUCCGGGCUCGUGCCGGCCUCUUCUGGAGUCACAAAACUGAGACGGUGCAGGAUGAGAAGGUGGACGGAGAUUACGCCCUCGUUAUAAACGGACACAGUCUG